AUGGUGACCGUGGACGAGCUGCGGGAGAUGGACUGCAGCGUGCUCAAAAGGCUGAUGAACCGGGACGAGAACGGCGGCGGCGCGGGCGGCAGCGGCAGCCACGGCGCCCUGGGGCUGCUGAGCGGCGGCAAGUGCCUGCUGCUGGACUGCAGACCGUUCCUGGCGCACAGCGCGGGCUACAUCCGAGGCUCGGUCAACGUGCGCUGCAACACCAUUGUGCGGCGGCGGGCUAAGGGCUCUGUGAGCCUGGAGCAGAUCCUGCCCGCCGAGGAGGAGGUGCGCGCCCGCCUGCGCUCCGGCCUCUACUCCGCCGUCAUCGUCUACGACGAGCGCAGCCCGCGCGCCGAGAGCCUCCGCGAGGACAGCACCGUGUCGCUGGUGGUGCAGGCGCUGCGUCGCAACGCCGAGCGCACCGACAUCUGCCUACUGAAAGGUGGCUAUGAGAGGUUCUCCUCCGAGUACCCAGAAUUCUGUUCCAAGACCAAGGCUCUGGCAGCCAUCCCACCUGCUGUGCCCCCAAGCACGGCGGAGUCUUUGGACCUGAGCUGCAGCUCCUGUGGAACCCCACUGCACGACCAGGGGGGUCCGGUGGAGAUCCUGCCCUUCCUCUACCUUGGCAGUGCCUAUCAUGCGGCCCGCAGGGACAUGCUGGAUGCCCUGGGCAUCACAGCCUUGCUGAACGUCUCCUCUGACUGCCCAAACCACUUCGAAGGACACUAUCAGUACAAGUGUAUCCCAGUGGAGGACAAUCACAAGGCUGACAUCAGCUCCUGGUUCAUGGAGGCCAUCGAGUACAUCGAUGCGGUGAAGGACUGCCGCGGGCGCGUGCUGGUGCACUGCCAGGCUGGCAUCUCCCGCUCGGCCACCAUCUGCCUGGCCUACCUGAUGAUGAAGAAGCGUGUGCGGCUGGAGGAGGCCUUCGAGUUCGUCAAGCAGCGGCGGAGCAUCAUCUCGCCCAACUUCAGCUUCAUGGGCCAGCUGCUGCAGUUCGAGUCGCAGGUGCUGGCCACGUCCUGCGCUGUGGAGGCCGCCAGCCCGUCGGGGCCCCUGCGCGAGCGGGGCAAGGCCACCCCCACGCCCACAUCACAGUUUGUCUUCAGCUUCCCGGUCUCCGUGGGGGUGCACCCGGCCCCCAGCAGCCUGCCCUACCUGCACAGCCCCAUCACCACCUCCCCCAGCUGUUAG